UUUCCGCCAUCGGCGGCCCAAUGGCCUUUCUGAUGGGCGUCGCCGAGCAGGGAACCCAGAAGGAGGAGGAGGAGGAGGAGGACGAUGAGAAGUUGGUGAGGAGGUGCCUGGUGGGGGAAAAUGGCUGACUUUCUGAAAGGAUUGCCAGUUUAUAACAAAAGCAACUUCAGCCGAUUCCAUGCAGAUUCUGUAUGCAAAGCAUCGAACAGAAGACCUUCAGUUUAUCUUCCAACACGGGAAUAUCCAUCAGAACAGAUAAUUGUCACAGAAAAGACAAAUAUACUCUUGCGUUACCUACAUCAGCAGUGGGACAAAAAGAAUGCAGCAAAGAAAAGAGAUCCUGAGCAAGUGGAAAUAGAAGGUGAAAACUCUGCCCCGCCUCGCAAAAUUGCCCGGACAGACAGCCAAGAUAUGAAUGAGGACACUUAAAAUUCUCUCCAGUCUUCUGUGUUAAAAUUUACAGGCGCUUCCUGUGUGGGUUUUAUUUUUUUUUCUGUGUGUCUUUCAGUGUGUACACAGGCACGCACAUGUACAUACACACUCACGCACACUUCCGUCAGCCCUCUGCCUUCCCCGUCUCUUCCUCCUGCCCUCCAUCGUGCAGCCUAUACCAUUUCUGACUUUGUAGAAGCCAACGUAUUUAUUUUUGGGAUGGGGAGGGAGGUUUCUUUCUUUUUCCAUUUUUUUAAAUUAUUUAUGCGUGUGCUCUCUCUCUCUCUCUCUCAUGUUCAGAGCAAAUCAGAAAGUAAUGAUGUUUAAUCUGUGAUCAGUGCUUUUUUUUAAAAAAAUGAAAAAAAAAUCACUUCUUUGGCUAUCCCCCCCCCUUUCCCCCCCCUUUUUUUGAGAAAUGAGCUGCUCUCUGAAGAGGGAGCUCAGUUCAUGCCGAUGGCACCCCCUCUGCAUUGUGUCCUCUGUUCAUAUUAUCGAGAAUUUCCGUCUCACAGUUACUGUACAACUACUGGUGUGUCAUGUCUUAGCAUUGUUUUUGAUAACAGGAGGAACACAUAAGGUUGGGGAGGGGGACGGAAGGCUUAUUUCUUACCCAUCCUUCUCCAGGCGUGUUGCUAUUGGGAUACCAUUUUCUGUUUUCCAGCAACAGUGGGGAUGGGGAUCAGGUUGUUUGCGGUGGUCUCUCUUCAGCUGAUGGUCCCUGGCUGAGAUUGUACCCAUUUUGCUGGCAAAUGUUGUGUUAUCAUGUUACCUUCUUUGGCCUGUCUCCUCCUCCCUCCUCCCCUCCCCUCUGGCUCCCCCUCACACCCUGGGAAACUCAUUAGCACAACGGUCGGUCGUAUAGAUAGCAAGCAAAAACCCAUUUGGGCUUGCCCAGCAUCUCUUUUGCACCACUCUUUGGAUGGACCAGUUCUGUGCAACUUUUCAAGUAGAAUAAAGCGGGAUAUUUCUCACCACUUUUAACGAGUUCUUGUUUAAAAAAAACCUCUUGUUGGAAACGCUAGAGCACGGGCCAGCAACAUCACUCCCUAGAGCUGCCUGCAGUUCUGAGAUUAGUUGCAAACCCCUUGUGUAAGAAAUCGGAUCCCUGGUAAGGGGUCAGCAUCUGUCUUCCAGCCUGCUGCUUGAAAGAGAGAGGUGUAUGUGUGUGUGUGUCUGUUAGAUGUGUGCAAAACAUUUCAAGGUCAGAGCUUUGAUUUUGAAAUUGAUGCUAAAUCUGAUUUGAAGUUGGAACAUUCUUGGUAGGAUUGGUACAGCGCAGAAUACACAUUCUAAGGAUGGAGUAUCUUUUAAGGUCCAAACCUUAUAAAUAAUUCUGCAGACUUCUAGUCCCCACUUUUUUAAAAAAGCUCUGGACCUAACCAUUCAUCAAUAUUACAUGGCCCACAACAGUUUAUCCAGUAGGAACAUAGAUUUGAAAAAAAAGAAAGGUUGCCUACCCCACUUUUGUGCAGGAAAGUGCUUAAUUCUGAGGUGUUUUAACAUUUUAAGCCAAGGUGACAUGAGCUGCCUUAUUCUAAGUAGUUGUCCAUUGGGCUACAGUCCUCUCUUCUGAUUGGCAGCCUCUCACUAUGGCCGCCUGUCCUUAAGUCAAUUGAGAACCUAACAAAUGAAGAAAACUAUUUCUGAUUUCUCAGGCGAAUGAAAUAGUGACUGGCUGUUUCCGUAACUGGUAUGCUGGUUAUAGAAGUGACAAUCCAUCAAUAUCCCUUUGGCUGUUUCAGUAAACAAGCUGUGUGACCACCACACCCUUGGUCUUUCUGCAUCAAUGUCAUGCCUGGACAUCAAAGCAGAUUUACUUAAUUUAGGGACAAUUGUAAAAAAAAAAAAGGAGUGAAGGAAUGUAUGUAUGAUGAAUGUGUGAAUUGGACAUAAGGGUUUAUUCACAUAAGCCAGAGUUGGGGGACUAUGGCCCUUUUAUGACUUGUGGACUUCAACUCCCAGAAUUCCUAAGCCAGCCCUGGCUCAGGAAUGCUAGGAAUUGAAGUCCACAAGUCGUAAAAGGGCCAUAGUUCCCCACCCCUGACAUAAGCUGUCACAGAAUGAUGUGGAUAUGGUUAGGCUCUGAGUUAGCACAAGUCCUGUGGAAUAUUUUUUAUUGAGGCAGCUUCCUGUAGUGGAUAAGGUGUUGGGAAGCUGUGAGUUCUAGCCCCACCUUAGGCAUGGAGCUGGGUGGCUUUGGUCCAGGCACUCCCCAAUCAACCCACCUCAAAGGGUUGUUGUGGGAAGAUAGAAGAAAGCAUUAUGCAUGCUAGCCACCAUAUAAAAUAAUAAAGGCGGGAUAAAAAAAUCAAAUAAAUUGCAUUCAAGACUUCAACUGGUAUAUUUUAGCUCAAUUUAAAAAUGCAUCCUUUUUAUGUUGCCCUUUCUCAACAGCUAAAACUCCCUAAUUCUUUUAAUAGAUGUUUUUCACCUUUUUUUGUGAUAGUUGUAAUUGCUGCUAGGUUUUUAGUGAAAAGCAGUAUCCAAUUGUUUUCAUUGCCAAGUAAUAAACUAGCAUCAUCUUUAAUACAGAUUUUUUGGGGGGGUGAAAUGGGCCUCGUUCACACCGUGCACCAAGUCAGAUGAUGGUGCGUUUUGAUGAAUUCUGCAAACUGUAUUGAUGCAUUUCAAAUUAUGCAUGUGCAAUACUUUGUAAUCUAGGAAAUAUAAUUUGGUUUAAGUGGAUUCUGCCCCACUGGAGAAUGUACUCUGUUUAUUUCUAAAUUCUAAAUGUAGAAGUAAAACUAAUCUUUUUACUUAA